ACUCAAAUUAAAGAAUAAAGACCAAAUCUUCAAGGUAGGAGUGCCAAUUACACAAAGAUUGGUUUUUAGCCAUGGUUUUACUCUCCCCAAUGACUUAAGCUUGACCAUUUAGCUUGUGGAAGAGGGAACAACAUCAUCACCCCAUUCCAGUGUAUUUCCCAAGAAAUUCCCAAGACCAACUCAAAGAAAUCCAUGACUAAGACCAAGCCCAAGCAAUAGUAGUCUAGGUAGGCAAAUAAACCAUCCUCAUAGUUAAGCACAUGACAUAUAUACAUUUGUGAGAUAACAUAAACAUAUCAUGACAUCCAAGAAUUCCAUCAUCCAAAGGCUAAUCCACAGCCCUUGGUAUCCAAUAAAUCAGCCCAGGUAGAAGGUUCCAUGGUCAGCACCAGUAGAUCCCAAGCAGUAACAAAAUCCAGUAGCAAAAUCCAGUAGUAGGUGCAAUUUCAACCUGUACGCAGCACCUGUACGCCAACUAUGAGCAUCAGCAGGUCCUCCAGACAGUAGCUCAGUGGUUGCAGCAGGAGCACAGCAGCGCCAUCAUGCAACAGGUCCUCUGGUUAUUGCACAGCAACUCCAAGUUCCGUGCAGCAGCAGCUUCAAAGCAAUUCCAAAGCAGCAAAACAAACCCGAAGCAGAAAGAGACCACCAUCUCCUUUAAGUUGGAAGACCAAAAUCAGGGACCAAUGUAUGAAAGGAACGGGUAGUGGUAGACCAAACCACAGCAAACAGAAGUCACCCAGUGCAAGGGACAAGUUGGUCUGCCAGCAACAUAUGUGUGCCAUCCCAUCCCUCAAGAAGACUGAGUUCAGUAAACAAACAGCACAAUGGAGUAUGCUAUUCGAAAAUGGCAGCACUAGAGAUCAUGAUUUGCCAACAGCAGCUUUGGGUGGCUCUCCAACGAAGUAGUCUAGCCAAACCCAGUGAUGCCACAGAAAACCAUUCCACGUAGCUGGUUGUGUCCUAUUUCUCUUAACAAUACCAUUACAGCUUCAUGAACAAACACUACAAGAAAUAUGUCCUUUAAUGAGAGUAAAAGUUGUAGUUAAAGAAAGAAAAACCUUCAUUAAAAAGUUUUAAUGAGAGGAAAUUUACUCCUAGAUUCAUAAGUUAUCAAAGAAGCCUACUUAGUUUUUUGUAUAAAUUUAUGGGGGCGGGGGAUUAGAGUUUAAGUAAAAAUAUCCCUGUGUCAGUAGUAUAUAUACUUACUGGAACAUCAUUACCAAUUAAAGACAAAGAAGCAGCAUCAACCUAUUCAGUUACACCGUCAUCCAAAGUUAUCACAGAUUUGCUAGUGGUCAAAACAGCCUUCUCGGUUUCAGGAGACACCAAACAAUCCUUAGUAUUAUCAGGAGGGACAUCCACAGAAGUUAUAUCCUUGGUUGGAGUAUAGGUUCAGAAGCUUCCUUGGACCGUACUGCAAAAGUUG